AUGGACAAAAUGGUAAAUGUGCAGUUCCAUGAUUCUGUGAACCGCCACGAAGACGAAGCUAGAAAAAGAGACGUUGCCAAACGGCAAAACCCGAACCAAAUCAACACAAAAAAGAAGCAAAAAAUCAAAAUGGCAAGGGCGGAAUCCCUCCUUCUAACAUGCGCAUUUAGCCUCACCUUGCUAACAUGCGCAAUUCACUCAGCCACCGCCCUCCGCCGUGACCCAGGAUUGCUACGCCAAGUCACCGACGGCGAGAUUAUCAACAAUCUCCCGGCGGGGAGCGAGAGGAAGUUCGUGAUGUUCAUGGAGAAGUACGGGAAGAGCUAUCCGACGAGGAAGGAGUAUUUGCACCGCCUUGGGAUUUUUGCUAAAAAUUUGAUUAGGGCGGCGGAGCACCAGGCGUUGGAUCCGACCGCUGUGCACGGCGUGACGCAGUUCUCGGACUUGUCGGAGGAGGAGUUUGAGCGAAUGUUUAUGGGAGUGAGAAGCGGCGGAGCUGGAGCGGAGUUGCGGGAGAUGAAUCAGGCGGCGGAGAUGAUGGCUGAGGAGGUGGAGGGAUUGCCGGAGAGAUUUGAUUGGCGGGAGAAGGGGGCUGUUACCGGGGUUAAGAUGCAGGGAACGUGCGGGUCAUGCUGGGCUUUCAGCACGUGUGGCGCAGUAGAAGGCGCCAAUUUCAUAGCCACCGGAAAGCUUCUUAGCCUCAGUGAGCAACAGCUCGUCGAUUGCGAUCACACGUGCGAUCCAACGGACAAAACCGCCUGCAACAACGGCUGCAACGGCGGCCUAAUGACCAACGCCUACAAAUACCUAAUCCAAUCCGGCGGCCUCGAGGAAGACUCUUCAUACCCUUACACCGGCCGCCGCGGUGACUGCGAUUUCCAGUCCGACAAAAUCGCGGUUAGGGUCUCCAAUUUCACAACCAUUCCCAUCGACGAGGACCAGAUCGCCGCCCACCUGGUCCGCCGCGGCCCGCUCGCCGUCGGCCUCAACGCGGUCUUCAUGCAGACCUACAUCGGCGGCGUAUCCUGUCCGUUGAUUUGCGGGAAGAGAUUCGUCAACCACGGCGUGCUUAUGGUCGGGUACGGCGAUGAAGGGUUCUCGAUUCUGCGGUUUCGGAAAUUGCCGUACUGGAUUAUAAAGAAUUCUUGGGGAGAACGGUGGGGCGAGCGGGGUUAUUAUCGCCUGUGCCGUGGCCAUGGUAUGUGUGGGAUUAACACUAUGGUUUCGGCCGUCGUUACUCGGGCCUAAAUUUUCAGUAAGUUGCGUUUGGUUUUUUUCUAUACUUUUUUCUAUACUGUUUUAGGGGAUAUGUGCUCUUUGAUUUCCAGUAUUUUUUUUUAAUAAAGAAAAAAUCUAAAAAUA